GCCAUUGAUCAAGGGAUAAAAAGGAAACAUAACGAGGGCGGGCUCAACUAGAAGCCCAAAUGAAAGUGUUCAACAAGGGCAGGAGGAGGAUCGCGCCAAUUUCCCACGAUCCAAGAAACAGAUGCAAACUGGUUUUUCCUAUUUGUAGGGGUUGAUGACAAGAGAGUUUACAGCAAUCGAGAUCUAGAGGAGAAGAUGGAGAUGAAGAAAUGGAUGCUUGCAUUAUGUGGACUUGUGAUAUUUGUGUGGGCGUCUUCAGCGUCACUCAAGGCAAGAAGAGAGCGGGUGAGCUUGGAUGAGAUCACUCAUAGAGUUUAUCUAGAUGUUGAAAUAGAUGGACAACGUGCUGGUCGGAUUGUAAUAGGCUUGUAUGGCAAGGUGGUACCAAAAACAGCUGAAAACUUCCGGGCUCUUUGUACAGGGGAGAAAGGUAAAGGAACUGUUGCAAAGGAUUUGCAUUACAAGGGCACACCCUUCCAUCGUAUCAUUCCAGGUUUCAUGAUUCAGGGUGGAGAUACUGUGUAUGGAGAUGGUAGGGGUGGCGAGUCAAUUUAUGGAGUCACUUUCCCUGAUGAAAAUUUUAAACUGAAGCAUUCAAGUGCAGGUAUAGUAUCCAUGGCCAAUUCAGGACCAGAUUCAAAUGGAUCACAAUUCUUCAUAACAACUGUGAAAGCAAGCUGGUUGGAUGGCCAACAUGUCGUUUUUGGAAAGGUUAUACAAGGCAUGGAUACUGUAUAUGCAGUGGAGGGAGGAGCUGGUACUUACAGUGGAAAACCUAGGAAAAAAGUGAGAAUCAUUGAUUCGGGAGAAAUACCCAUUAGCAAAUGGGACGAUGAAAGUUGAGCAAAUAGUGUAUAUCUGAUUUUGGUUAUCAAGGGCUGUAAUGUAAAGAUAGAUUAUUUUUUUUUGUUAAAUAUCUUACUGUCCGCUCGUAUUUUUAGAUUUUUUAAAGAUCUCUCCUCUCCAUUUUGUCAAUUUUUGUUUUGUUUUGUUUUAGGGAUGAUUAACUAAUGCUGGUUAUAAAAAGGCUGCUUAGUUUGGUUA